GCUGCGUCAGUAUUCCGCGAGCUUCCAUCGCGUUCUGUCGGAGUUCAGCUUUGAGGAAGUCGAAACCGUGUUCCGCUCGAUCGCGAGUUGCUGCGGAGAACUGGGAAAAGAGUGUCUUUCGGCCGUUCGACAGGAAACAACCGGGAGGAUGGCGGACGACAGCCACGAGAACGGCACCAGCAACGGCGACGUGCCCGAGAUCGAGCUGAUCAUCAAGGCAUCGACCAUCGAUGGCCGCAGGAAGGGCGCUUGCCUCUUCUGCCAGGAGUACUUCAUGGACCUGUACCUCCUCGCAGAGCUGAAGACGAUCUCGUUGAAGGUGACCACGGUGGACAUGCAGAAACCACCGCCAGAUUUCCGCACGAAUUUCCAAGCGACCCCGCCACCGAUUCUGAUCGACAACGGGGACGCCAUUUUGGAGAACGAGAAGAUCGAGCGACACAUCAUGAAGAACAUUCCCGGUGGGCAUAAUCUUUUCGUGCAGGACAAAGAAGUGGCUACCCUCGUCGAAAACUUGUUCAGUAAAUUGAAAUUGUUACUACUGAACGCGAAGGACAAGGACAAAGACCCAAAAUCGUCGUCGCUGAUGGCACACCUGCGCAAAAUCGACGAGCAUCUGGGUCGCAAAGGGACACGUUUCCUCACCGGUGACACGAUGUGCUGUUUCGAUUGCGAGCUGAUGCCGCGACUCCAGCACAUCAGGGUCGCCGGCAAGUACUUCGCCGAUUUCGAGAUCCCGGAGACCCUGGUGCAUCUGUGGCGGUAUAUGCACCACAUGUACAGGCUGGACGCCUUCUUGCAAAGCUGCCCGGCUGACCAAGACAUUAUUAACCAUUACAAGCUGCAGCAGAGUAUGAAGAUGAAGAAGCACGAGGAGCUGGAGACGCCAACGUUCACAACCAGUAUCCCAAUCGAGGUCAACGACGACUAGGCUGGACCUGUGCCGUCGGGCCUACGAUUUCGUCACAUUAAUUCAAAAAGAGCAUGAUGAUCGUCGGUAUCGGUGUGGACACGGACGGUGCAUACGCGACGGCGCAGUAAACGUUUUUUUACAAUUGUUCUACGACGGACGGCUCCGUGUAGGAAGGACCUAAUUAAUUUAUGAAAAAAAGUAUUCGGAGCCUCGCACGCUCUAUCAGAAAUUCUGCACGGCCUCCAUUUUUUGAUCGCGUCGACGACGUCUAUUUUUACAAAUCUUUUGCUACAUACAUUUGAUAAACUAUCCGUCGACGUUGUAGUACGGUCCAAAUUGAGCGCCGACUAUAAGUAGCUUUUUUACCGCAAGACAGGAAUAUAUACAUAUACGUGAAAUGUAUUAAGGCCUUCAAAGACGACCACAGUAUGCCAGUGUCCAGAGAACCACAUGAUUUUUCCUUUUCCUUUCUUAUCGUUCGUCUUCAUUUUCUUUUCUUUUCCCUUGGUGGCUACGUAUGACGAAUCGUACGUAGAUCUGACUUGAGUAGCAUUAUUAUUAGACAACGGCAUUUUAAUCUUUUACAUUGUACUUUAGAGACAUCGUGUAUUUUUUUAAGAGUUUCUCUCCCCUUCCUCCCCCUCCAUCUUUUGAUGGUUAGCAAUCAAAUGAAGAAUACAAAAGAGACGUAUGCAUUCAAUCAGCGAUUAGCCAUUGAAUAUAUUAAUAUAUUCCUCCCUCGAUUCCCUGCCUUUUUCUUCUCGGAAACUGUUCUCUGUUUGUCAUGUGCACCGAACAUUAAUUUUCUUUAUCGACUCCUGAAAUUGCAAUGAUAGUCUAGAUAGGAAGGGAUAUUCUAGUCCGAUGUGUUUUGCAUAAUAUGCAAACUUCAAAAGCAGCGCUUUGGGUUUCUAAAUGAAUUAAUGUGCAUACGUUUCUUGGAAGUUCUACGUUGUAAUACAAAGUUAUUAGUUAAAUUCGUUUUCGUCGAUUUAAUUUGAUAUUUGCAUUUUUCGUGGAUGGCUUCACGUGUGUGAAGAAUUUUGCGAAUAGUAUGCCUGGUCGUUGCGGACCAUUCUGUAAAUGUUGCCUUAAAAGAGGUGGAAGAAUCAUCGUCUCGGAAGAUAGCGCUUCUUAUUAACACAGUCCAACGAUUUAACAAACUCGGUAUUUUCGUAUUAGCGAUUAUAUAUAUUAUAAUUAUAUUAUAAAUGAUUAUUAUUGCUAUUAUUGUAUUACUUUGGUUUAUACUCGUAGAAAUGAAUAUACCAGUGUUUACAAUAA